GGCGUUUCCAACCGAAAUCACGUGCACUGCUGUUCCAGAACGGGCGAUGGAGCAGAUCGUUCUCUGGAGCAGAUCGUUCUCUGGCCUCCAUCGUUCGUCUCCCAGCCGGCCCUUGAGCAGCUUGUCAGCGAGCCUCAGGCAUCAUCUGGGCGACUGCGUGCUGCGCUGUGUAUUCUGGUGCCACAGUCCGACACCGAAACCGAUACCAUGGCCGAGGCACCCGACCCGGAUCUCUUUCCCUUCGACGAUGAUCUGGAGAUCAGCGGACCACAAGCAAAGGGAGAUGACUCUGGCCGCCAGAGGGACGGUCCCGAGAUCCCUGAUGUAGCCUCUCUCUUUUCUGAGAGCGAGAUCGAGACUUGCUUGAGGGUCUUCCAGGUCUAUUAUGACAACCCCGCGUACAAGCGGCAUGCAACUCGGUCCCCCAAGAUCAAGCAGCUCUUUGACCUUGCACUGAAGGCGCUGAUGCCCGAUGAUGGAGAGAUGAGACAAAGAAGGAAGCAGGAUCGCCGCGGUAGAAGACAGGACGAUCUUAAUCAGCUCGCCGUCACGGGCAUCCGACAGAUGCGCAAGGUCAAGAUGGUUGGCUAUACCGGGGGGUGUAUCGACAUCCCAAAGCCCCCGCGGGUUGGCACCGUCGAGGCCAACGAAGUGUUUUCAAAAGAGGACGAUCAACGCAUCGCCAACGAAGUUGCGCAGCCAGCACUUCUUGAAGCCGACGACCCGAAGCCACAGCCCGAACUGAAGAAGCUCAACUUCAAACGAUCCUGUCACAUUUGCGGGACAACCUUUGAUCUGCUGCACCACUUUUACGACCAGCUCUGCCCCUCGUGCGCCGAUUUCAACUUCUCAAAGCGCUUCUCCGAGGCGGAUAUGGCUGGACGUGUGUCACUCGUGACUGGAGGUAGAGUCAAGAUUGGAUACGCCAUCGUUCUGAAGCUUCUGAGAAUGAAGAGCACAGUCAUUUGCUGCACUCGAUUCCCGUACGAUGCCGCCCGACGCUUCUCGAAGGAGGACGACUUUCAAGAGUUUCAGGGACGGCUGACGAUCUAUGGCAUCGACUUUAGAGAUAUUCCUAUGGUGCAUCACUUUACCGCUCACGUGAAGCAGAACUUUGCCCGCCUCGAUGCGAUCAUCAACAAUGCCGCACAGACCGUCCGCAAGCCACCGGGAUUCUACAAGCACAUGAUGGCGGGCGAAGUGGAGCCGCUGGAGGCCGAUAUUCUGGCUGUCAUCGACGUCGUCGUUGCCCAUAGACAGCCAAGCGGUGGCUGCGUCUUUGACUUUGUUGGCCCUAAAAGCAAGUUUCGACCGGUUGCGGGGCUGCUCGUAUCAGCGACACCAGAGGGCUCGGACGACGCCAAAGCGAUGCUGAUGCCAGGCUCUGUGAGCAAUGUCUCGGCGGCAAUGUCGCAGCUUGCAGUGAUCGAGGGUGACGGAUCCAGCAGUAGUCUAUCGCAGUUCCCGCCUGGACUGUACGAUCGCGAUGACCAACAGAUUGAUCUGCGAACCGAGAACUCGUGGACGCUCGAACUGGGCGAGAUUUCGACUCUGGAAAUGAUUGAAUGCCACACGAUUAACUCGUUUGCGCCGUGGGUGCUGAUCAGCGAGCUGAGGCCGUUGAUGAGAGACACAUGCGUAGCCGGGACCAACGGGGCAAUGGAGCCCUGCGAUAAGUUCAUCGUGAAUGUAAGCGCCAUGGAGGGACAGUUCUACCGCAACAAGACCAUUUUCCAUCCACACACCAACAUGGCAAAAGCGUCGAUGAACAUGAUGACGAGGACGGCUGCGGCAGGAUUUGUCGCCGACCGCAUCUACAUGACUGCCGUCGACACUGGGUGGAUCACGGACGAGAAUCCCGUCGAUCAAUGGGAAAAACGCGCGGAUCAACCACCGCCGCUGGACGAAUGGGAUGCUGCAAUGCGAGUCAUCGACCCCGUGUUGGUGGGUGUUCGCGGAGAGCAGCUUCUCUGGGGUGUAUUCUUGAAAAACUAUCGGCCCACGCGCUGGUAGACCCCGGAGCGUCCGACCAUCCGGAGCGAGAACGCAAGCGACGAUAUGCGAGACAAAGAUCACUCGCCCGGACAUCCAGACGGUGUACAGAGGGUGGCUUUUUUCUGUUCUCAAAGUGGAUAUGCUCAAUAGAUGUAUCCACGGCUGCCGAUGAGGAUCGAUCCGAUGCACUCGAGCCCGCCAGCAACUCACGUACGACACAA